CCUAGUAUUUCUUAGCAGCUUGCCAGCAUGAUAACUGGCACAAACUCUGGCUUCUUGGUCAAAUCCAGCCUCAGUGAAGGUAGUUAGUUCAUAUCUUGGAGAUGAUCCUAUUUUUGUAUAGUUUUGAUGGAAUGUUUAUUUGUGGAGAGAAGGGGAUUGUGAGGGUAGAGAUAGGAGUCUGUCUGUUGUAAUAGGAUUUGGUCUGUGUGUUAAUGGAAUGAACUGGCCUUUCUUGCUGUACUUCCUUUGUCCUUGCUGAGAAGGGAGGUUGAAGUUUCCUAGAGCUAUUGAUGAAGCUGGUGACUGCAAGAGGAGCUCUGGACUUUUGACCUUGAUGGUAAUGGAAGGUGUUGGAGUUUGGAGAGCCCACAGACUAUUGCCCAGAAGAAAAGAUGUUUGGUUUUCACAAGCCAAAGAUGUACCGAAGUAUAGAGGGCUGCUGUAUUUGCAGAGCUAAAUCCUCCAGUUCUCGAUUCACUGACAGUAAACGCUAUGAAAAGGACUUCCAGAGCUGUUUUGGGUUACAUGAGACUCGUUCAGGAGACAUCUGUAAUGCCUGUGUCCUGCUUGUGAAAAGAUGGAAGAAAUUGCCAGCAGGAUCAAAAAAAAACUGGAAUCAUGUGGUAGAUGCAAGGGCAGGACCCAGUCUAAAGACUACCCUGAAACCAAAGAAAGUGAAAACUCUAUCUGGAAACAGGAUAAAAAGCAACCAGAUCAGUAAACUGCAGAAGGAAUUUAAACGUCACAAUUCUGAUGCUCACAGUACCACCUCAAGUGCCUCUCCAGCUCAAUCUCCUUGUUAUAGUAACCAGUCAGAUGAUGGCUCAGAUACAGAGAUGGCUUCUGGCUCUAACAGAACGCCAGUGUUUUCCUUUUUAGAUCUCACAUACUGGAAAAGACAGAAAAUAUGCUGUGGCAUUAUCUAUAAAGGCCGUUUUGGGGAAGUCCUCAUCGACACACAUCUAUUCAAGCCUUGCUGCAGCAAUAAGAAAGCAGCUGCUGAGAAGCCGGAGGAGCAGGGGCCAGAGCCUUUGCCCAUCUCCACUCAAGAGUGGUGACUGAGGUUUAUGUAGAAGGGGAACAAAAAAUGAUUUAAAUUUUGGAAAACACCAACAAAAUGACCCUCCUAUUUUUAACUUGGAUACCUGUUAUUCUGCCAAAAGAUGAUUUCUAGAAUAGUUUUGAGUGGGUUAUUUUCCUUCCCGUUCCACAAAGUCUGAAGCCAGUAUCUAGCUUACUGAAAGAAAAAAAUGAAGUGUACAUAAUAUUUAAGAUGCUGAGUAUUUCAUAGGAAAGCUGAAUGCUGCUGUAAAGUGCUCUUUAAGGCUUUUUAAAAAAAAUCCCCUUCUAAUGAAUGAAAUUAGGGGAAUUUCAGGGGACAGAGAUGGGAUUUGUUGUAUGAUAAACGUAUGUAGUUUUAGUCUUUCUAUAUUGAGAAGCAGUGGUUGGGGCAUUUUUUAAGAUGGCUGGCUACACUUGUUUUCCUUCGUUAUAAUAAAUUUGUCAUAACUCAGUAAACACAGACUUGCCCCUAGAGGUAGUUGUUAAUAACUUUGAAAUAUUAAGGUGUUGCCAAGGUUCUGAUGAUUCAAACCUGUACUACUGAAUAUUAAGCAGGACGGACUAAGCUCUCUAGUGCGAAUAUCUUGAAGGAGUAAUUUCUAAAUAUACAGAGGUAACUUGACUGUAUAUGUUGCAUCCUGUGUCACCUCCCUCCAUAUUGAUAUUUGAUAAAGUUUUUAAUUUAUAUGAAACUUCUAAAGCAGAAUCAAAGUUCCUCUUGGGGAAAUGUCAAAUCUUUAGGAUAGGCAAUCCUAUAUGAAUAACCAAAGCAUUACCCCUUGGUAGAGAAUGCACUCUAUUAAAAAUGUUAAAUUAUCUGAAAAAUAAAAUGUGCAAGUCUUCAGGAUGGCACAUGAAAAAAACAAAGGUUAAUGCUUCUUGGGGCACAUUUCUUAGAGGGCUUGCAAGUGUGUAAAUAAUUUGUUUAUGUUACAUGACUGGUGACUUCACUGAAAAUCUGCACAAUUCAGUUUUAGCUCUGGAUUACUUCGGUUGACCUUUGUGAAGGUUUUAUCUGUGUAGAAUGGUUGUUUGACUUGUUUUAACCUAUUAGGGUUUUGGGUUUUGGGUUUUUGUUUUUUGUUUUUCAUUCUAUAUUAAAGUAAAAUUCUACUAAAAGAAAAGAGGUGUGUGUUAAUGUUGAGUGGGCUGGUUUUGGUUUGGUUUCUUUUAGUCAGGCUUUCUGAACAUUGAGGUGUUAGAUGAUACAUCCUAAACGUGGAGCUCUUCAAUUGCAAAACCUUCAUUAAAAGCCUUUUACUUGAACCCAAACCAAAGUACUAUCUAUAGCCUCUUUUCUAAAAGUUCAGGAAGAAUAUAUCACCAGUUCAGACUUUUCUUAAUGCCGGAGGAUCAUUUGCCUACCUUGUAAUAACAUGACAGUGCUUAUUUUUAAAACUGGAUUUUAAAGAUUGGAUAGUAUAAAUAACAAGAAGGAGUGAGCCAAUUUUUAUGGGUACCCUAUAGUUUUAUAGUUCUUAAUCUAAACUUAAAAUUUUAUAUUUCUUCCUUUGGAAAAAACUACAAGGCACCAUAUGCACAGACUACAUAGUGAGUUGGGUCAGCUCUCCCACAGACUUUGAGGUGUAUUACAAGAAUUCCAGCCAUUAUCAUCUUCCUCCUGAGUUAUUUUGAAAAGGUUUUUUUUUUUUCUCUUUUUUUUUGUACAUUUUGGCUGCAGUAUUGGUGGUAGAAUAUACUAUAAUAUGGAUCAUCUCUACUUCUGUAUUUAUUUAUUUAUUACUAGACCUCAACCACAGUCUUCUUUUUCCCCUUCCACCUCUCUUUGCCUGUAGGAUGUACUGUAUGUAGUCAUGCACUUUGUAUUAAUAUAUUAGAAAUCUACAGAUCUGUUUUGUACUUUUUAUACUGUUGGAUACUUAUAAUCAAAACUUUUACUAGGGUAUUGAAUAAAUUUAGUCUUACUAGAAAAUAAAA